AUGUCGGCCGCUUCCUGGAGAGCUCACUUCACCUUCAACAAGUACACCGCCAUCUGCGCGCGUGCUACCCGUCAAGCACUCAAGGAGGAAGAGCGUGCCGCUGCCGAGCGACGAGGCUUUAUGGCUCUCCGAUACCAAGAGUGGAAGGAUGGCAAAGUUAGCGAGAACCUCAACCUUGCCGAGGACAAGAAGCAAUAA